CUCCGCCCAAGAGCGACGGGGGGAAAGAGCCUCCGCAACCCCCCUCCUUCAACCUUUUCCCUAAACAGAACUGGAUUAUUCAGCUAAUAAUACCAGCUAGCACCGCGUGUAAAGUUGUUAUGAUUGGACACUUUUGAGUAUUUUCAUGCCAAUUUUGGGUUGUUCGCGAUGCAGCUCGCUAACAAUAAUCGCCAGUGUUAACAGUUUAUUUAGAGCUAGCUAAACUACAACUAUUCCCCUUCGUUGUCCACCGCGGUUGGAAAUCCACUGGAGUUGUAGCCAGGCUAAGCCAUCUUAUCGUUGUUGUUUUUUUUCUCCCACGGAGAUGUUGUAUGAACGGAGCAGAAAAUAACGCGGUUAACAAUAUAGCUAGUUCGCUGGCUAUCUAACGAGCGAGCUAUCAUCCUGGGAUCAUAAACCGGAUUCCUGGAAGACCGAACUCGACGGUGGCGAACGGCUGGCUGGCUUCUGGCGACACGGGAGCUACAGAAGAAAGGGGCAGAAAAUGCUGGCAGUUCCUGCGUUUUGACACCAAGUUAAGAAGUCCUUCUUCAACAGAAAAUCAUCUGCUUCGAUAGGAUAUCAUUUAUUGGGCAGAUCGGGAAAACGGUCGAAUAAGAUUCGAUUUGGCUAGACGAAGACGGGUUUUCCAAUAAUUAGCUGGAGUAGGAGGUCUGUCUAACGUUACAUUUUUUUUUUUUUUUUUUUUUUACUUAAAGGCCUUUUCUUGGAACGGAUUCAAAUCCAUGCUUUUAGGAAAUAGUAUUGUAAGAUUGAAUCUCAACACGAUCGGGUCGGUAUAAACCGCGUUCGUACUGCAAAUCGGCUGUACUUAUAUAGUACAAGCUAGGUGCUAGGUAGGAAAUUCAGUAUAUUCCAUGAAGGACAUUUGAUUUUAUUUAGAAACAUAACGGCAGUAUAUUUGGUGAGCGCGUCAGCCUCUGGAUUUAAUUGCAGUCUUAUCAGACAUCCACUCGUUCACUUGAACGUAAAGUAAAAUAAUCAUUAUAGGCUAACAAGGUCGUGUUUGGGGCAUUUUAGUUUUCAGGCAUUGUAAAUGAUUAGCAUAUUUAAAGACUGAUUACGCGUUUAGCAAGCUAGCUCGCUCGCUAACCGUUCGCUUGCUACACAAUGUAACGUUAGCUAGCGCUAGACUGGCAGAGAUAGCACAAUAACGACACCGAUAAAAGGAAGAUUAAAACGGUUAAACACGGGGAAAAUAACCGUAGACUGUACUGUUGACAGAAAAGCAGAUUUAAAAAAAAUUGUAAUUAGGAGACCGUUGGCUUGCAGAAACCAUGCGUUUCUUCCCCACAUCCAUUUGUAAUUUGCACCCCGCUGGAUAUUACAGUCCGAGCGAAUGACCUGGGAUUGGGGAAAAGGGAGAGAAAAGGGGGAAACGAAAACUUUGUGGAGGAGCCACUUGCCCCAGCGGAGCCGGAGUACAUCGACAAUGAGGACAGUUGCGGGCCGAAUGUCGGUGUUGGCGUUGGGACUGUACGCAGUUCUUCUCCUGAGCCCAGUCGCUGCGGACCAGACGGAGGAGCGGGAGUGUGCACAGCAGCCGCAGCUGGAGGACGGGGGCGGGGUUGGGGACGGGCGCGUCUCUGCCGAGAACACCACGGUGCGCUGCAGCCGGGGCAGCCGCUGCUUCGGCCUGUGGGAGAAGACCCGCGACGGGGACAUCCGCCUGGUCAAGCAGGGUUGCUGGACGCACAUCGGCGACCAGCAGGAUUGCCAUGACGACCGUUGCGUGGUGACGACCACGCCCUCGCAGAUCCAGAAUGGCACCUACCGCUUCUGCUGCUGCGCCAAGGACAUGUGCAACGUCAACUUCACCGAGGACUUCCCCCUGCCCACGCCCACCAACGCCCAGCCCCCCUUCCCCAGGCCGCUGUAUAGGGAGGAGACCAUCAUAAUCGCCUUGGCGUCCGUCUCCAUCGUGGCCAUCGUCAUCGUCGCACUCUUCUUCGGUUACCGCGUGCUGACAGGAGACCGUAAGCAGGGUCUACACAACAUGGACAUGAUGGAAGCAGCUGCCUCUGAGCCGUCCCUGGAUCUGGACAGCCUCAAACUGCUGGAGCUGAUUGGCCGCGGGCGUUAUGGCUCGGUCUAUAAGGGUUCUCUGGAUGAGCGGCCCGUGGCGGUGAAGGUGUUCACCUACGCCAACCGCCAAAACUUCGCCAACGAGCGCGCCAUCUACCGGCUCCCCCUGCUGGAGCACGACAACAUCGCACGCUUCAUUGUGGGGGACGAGCGCAUCACCGCCGACGGCCGCAUGGAGUACCUCCUCGUCAUGGAGUACUACCCGCACGGUUCUCUGUGUCGGUACCUGAGCAUGCAGACGGGUGAUUGGGCGAGCUGCUGUCGGCUGGCCCACUCUGUCACCAGGGGGCUGGCGUACCUGCACACCGAGCUACUGAGAGGAGACGUGUACAAGCCGGCCGUGUCGCAUCGGGACCUGAACAGCCGGAACGUUCUGGUGAAGAACGACGGCACGUGUGUGAUCAGCGACUUUGGCCUGUCCAUGAAGCUGACCGGCAACCGGCUCGUGCGCCCGGGGGAGGAGGAGAACGCCGCCAUCAGCGAGGUGGGGACGAUCCGCUACAUGGCGCCGGAGGUGCUGGAGGGCGCGGUGAACCUGCGGGACUGUGAGUCCGCGCUCAAGCAGGUGGACAUGUACGCCGUCGGACUCAUCUACUGGGAGAUCUUCAUGCGCUGCUCCGACCUCUUCCCAGGGGAGGCCGUCCCGGAGUACCAGAUGGCGUUUCAGGCGGAGGCGGGGAACCACCCCUCCUUCGAGGACAUGCAGGUGCUGGUGUCCCGUGAGAAGCAGCGCCCCAAAUUCCCCGAGGCCUGGAAGGAGAACAGCCUGGCCGUGCGCUCUCUGAAGGAGACGAUGGAGGACUGCUGGGAUCAGGAUGCGGAGGCCCGGCUGACGGCUCAGUGUGCCGAGGAGCGCAUGGCGGAGCUGCUGCUGAUCUGGGACCGGAACAAGUCCGUCAGCCCGACCGUCAACCCCAUGAGCACCGUGCUACAGAACGAGAGGAACUUGUCCCACAACCGGCGUGUGCCCAAAAUGGGGCCGUAUCCCGACUUCUCCUCCUCCUCCUACAUCGAGGAUCACGAGGGCGUGGUGAAGAACCUCCCGGGGGACCUCUCCGCCCUGGGGGUCAGCUCCGGCGGGGGCAGCGUGGGCGGGGGGGGCACCUCGGGGGCCGGAGGGGAGAAGAACCGAAACUCCAUCAACUACGAGCGGCAGCAGGCCCAGGCCCAGGCCCGGCUGCCCAGCCCGGAGACCAGCGGGGCCAGCCUGACCACCGGCCUCACGCCCAGCACCGUCAUGACCACCAUCUCAGAGUCGGGGUACCCCGAGGACGCCCUGGGCGGCGUCCCCGUGCCCGUCUGCCUGCAGCUCACCGAGGAGGACCUGGAGACCACCAAGCUGGACCCCAGGGAGGUGGACAAGAACCUGAAGGAGAGCUCCGAUGAGAACCUGAUGGAGCACUCGCAGAAGCAGUUCAGCGCCCCCGACCCCCUGAGCUCCGGGAGCUCCAGCCUGCUGUACCCCCUCAUCAAACUGGCCGCGGAGGUGUCCGGGGCGGGCGCGGCCGGCCAGCCCGAGUUCGGGGCGGGGGAGGCGCCGGGGGCCGUGUUCGCCCUGCCCAAGCAGCAGAACCUGCCCAAGAGGCCCACCAGCCUGCCCCUGAACACCAAAGCCUCGGGCAAGGAGGCGUCCCGCCUCAAGUUCGGGAAACACGGCAAGUCCAACCUGAAGCAGGUGGAGACGGGCGUGGCCAAGAUGAACACCGUCCCGCCCGCCGAGCCUCACCUGGUGACCGUGACCAACAACGGGGUGGGCGGGCGGGGCGGGGCGCAGUACGGGAACACCAACCCGGCGGGCCCCCAGGCGGAGGGCGGGGCCGCGCCCCUCCUGCAGACGCAGCUGAGCGGGGAGGACAGCCGCAUCAACAUCAACUCCAGCCCCGACGAGCACGAGCCCCUCCUGCGGCGGGAGCCGGCCGCCCACCACGCCGGCCGCUCCAACGCCAACAACAACAACAACAGCAAUGGCAACCCCGCGGGGGCCGCGGCCGGGGCCACGGCCGGCGCCGCCCCCCCCGCCGCCGAGGGGCCCGCGCCCCCCCCGGCCCCCGCACCCGACCCCCCGCCCCCCCAGCCCCAGGAGCAGGCCCCCCCGCUCAGACCCCCGAAACCCCGGAGGGCCGAACGACCCACCUCCCUCGACCUGACCUCCACCACUCUGAUGGGAGAGGGGGCGCUGCGGGACGGGAAGCCGGGGUCCGGCGAGAAGAUCAAGAAGCGCGUGAAGACGCCGUACUCCCUGAAGCGGUGGCGGCCCUCCACCUGGGUGGUCUCCACGGAAACGCUGGCGGGCGAGGUCAACAACAACGGCCACGCCCCCCGCGGGCCCCCCCCCCAGGCCGGGGCCAGCCGCUCCAAAUCCAGCACCGCCGUGUUCCUGGUGGGGGGGGGCACCGCCACCGCCACCCUGCCCUCUGACCCCCCCGGCAUGACCUGCCUGUGAACUCUCACCUCUCGCCUCUCACCUCUCGCCUCUCCCCUGUCUCCCCUCCCCUCUCCCCUCUCCCCUCCAGAGGCCCGGGGCGGACCCGGGGUCCAGUGUGUUGGAGUGUAUGACAGCAUUUUAUUUCUCAAUGUCUUUUUCCAACAUAUGAUUGAAAUUUAGUUUAAAAAAAAAAUUAAAAAAAGAAAGAAAGAAAGGUUUAUGGAAAAGGACUUAAGACUCCCAAGCGCUUACUUUGGUAGGUCUCCUCUCGUGGAGAUCGCUUUAAACCAACCCCGCUAUGCAGCGCCAUUGGCUCAAAAUACUUCACCUUUGUUUUUUAGUUUUUUUGUUGCUCCUCCUUUUUAGUUAAGUUACACAUGUACCUGUGUACGCGCGUCUGUUUCAGACGUUUCUUGUUUUAUUGUUGCACUUUUAAAUCAGUAAUCUUAAUCGCACAGUUAAGUCCGUCUGCGACCACAUAAAAAAGAAAAGUGGUCUUAAAAAUUAGAAGAGGGAAAAACAUGACAAUGUGUUGAUUUUACAAUCAGAGUAGACUGCUCAUAUAGACCUAUGUGAAUCUGUGCAUAUGUCCAUAUGUAAUAUGGUCUGUAGUUGAGAAGCUGUGGUCUUUAAGACAGGGUUGACUGCAAUGACAUUGUUUCACUUUUUUAUUUUAUUUUAUGCAAAAUUAGGUUCACAUGUUUAUGUAUUUGUGUUAUAUCUGUGUCCCAUAUUUUCUAUAAUAUUUUGAAAUGUGCAAUAGGCUUUAGCUUUGAGGUGCUUUUAAAAAAAUGAUUUAAAUGUGUUUUCUAUAUAUAUAUAUUUUUUGUUCUUGUUUUUGAUAUUGUAAGCGGUGCACUUACAAUAUAACAAUCUCCUGUCCCUGCGCCCGUGUGUUAGCCCCCCCUCGCCCGCCGCCCCGGGCCCCCAGGGGCCCCUGCUCUCUCUCUCCGGUCUGAUCAGAGUCCGAGGGGCCGAAUGCAGCAGGGAAUCAGCUGACCUGUGGGCGUGUCGCUCCGUGUGAUUGGAUGAAACGGGACUCUGGGAGGAUUCCUGCUACGAGCAAAUUAAUUUCAUGCGCGGAGUGUGUGUGUGUGUGUGUAGUUAUGCGUGUGUGCACGCUUUUGUGUGCAGUUACGUGCGUGUGUGUGUGUGUGUGUGCACGUGAGUGAGUGAGUGAGUGAGUGAGUGAGUGAGUGAGUGAGUGAGUGAGUGAGUGAGUGAGUGAGUGAGUGAGUGAGUGAGUGAGUGAGUGAGUGAGUGAGUGAGUGAGUGAGUGAGUGAGUGAGUGAGUGAGUUUAUCUGGAUCGUGUCUGAACGGGGAUCAGAGUGGGGAGCCCCAGGCUAAGCCUGCUGUUCGAUGGAACACGUGUUUGAUGUUUUUAUGUUUUUGUGUUGUUUUUAAGUUUUUGUGUUGUUUUUGUGUGAAUAAGUGUCCUGCAGGAGUAGAAGUGUUCCUCAUGACAUGUUACAUCACUUACACACUAUAAGCUGAUUGGCUGUUACAAUCUGUAAUGCUGUCCUUGUGGGCUGUGUUUUUGGAGCGGGGUUUAAACUGUGAUAAUCAGGCUGGGCUGUUUAUGACCCCGUUACAAUCGCCCCGCAGUCCCGUUACAAUCAUCACAUCCGUCUGCCUCUCACGCUCAAUCACAGCGGCUCCUCUGUCUGAUUGGCUGCUGAAAGGGCAGGGGUUUCCCUUCUGCUUCUGCUCUGUUUUAAAUGUACGCUGUUCAAGCUGCAAAUGUUAAAACAAUUUUUUACAGAGGCAGGUAAUGGAAAAUGUGCAUGGUAUCAGUACUGUGUGUGGUUGAAAAUAAUCUGCUCACUACUUUGUACAAAGACUGAGUCGCUCUGUUUGAGGGGUUUACAUGAGGUCGUGUCGUUGCUGUCGUCUUAAAAUAGCCUCUGUUUAGUCCGAAACCGUUCAGUUGGUUUAGUUCUGAUCAAGGUCCAAACACUACAGACCCACAGUGUAACUGCAGAAUGGAUACAGAAACACUACAUAGUGCUAAAGCGCAUCAGGCCCAACGUUGAACACACACACACACACACACACACACACACACACACACACACACACACUUUGUUCUGAUGCAACAUGCAAUCAGAAUACUCAGCCAGUCCGAACUGCCCGGCAUACACCCAUGUAAACAGAGCGAUUUGUGGUGUGUCUUGGCUGAAUCCCCCCCCCUCCCCCCCCGGUUCUGCCACCAGGACAGUGAGUGGCAGAUCUGUACGUAUGUAACAUACUCACCCCCCCCCCCACCACCACCACACCCCACCCCGGUGUAAAUACGUUUGUAUAUAAUGCAGCCAUCCUCAUAUAUGCAUAUAUAACAUUGAUAUCCAGAAUCUUUGUGCUUUUUUAAUUAUGAUAUAUAUAACUACUACCCAACUGUUGCUAUGGGACCAGUAACUACAACAGUACUGUGAUAUUUAUCUUAAAUAGUGCAGUUCUGCUCAAAAAUUUCUGAUCUGUAAAAAAAGAAAGAAAAAAAAAAUUGCUGUACUUUGAAAGCAUGUGCAAAAAAAGAAAGGAUGAGGGAGGACAGAUUGGAGGAGAGAAGGAGUGCGGUCAGAACCGGACCGCGCGGAGAGAUGAUCGGUCAGGACACGCAGGUCUGGAGCUGGUUCCUGGGCAGAACGUUUUGGGUCCGCCGCCAAGCAGGAGCCGAGUCGUUACGGUUUCAGAGACGGGACGUCUCGGGAGUCGAUAUUUCACUGUGGAAGCCCUCCUGCCUGCUCUGAGAGGCCCCCGCGCCCCUGUGCCCCUCGCCGUGGAGCGAGGCUUGGGCCCGCGGCUGGCAGGACUACCGAGUCUCUAGGACCGUGACUUUAACCCCAGGUCAUGUGAUUUUGUGGCCGGGAGAGAGGAGCACAGCUCAGACCAGCUGAAGAACCACGGAACCACAGAACGCUAGAACCCCAGAACCCUUCCCUCCGUUCUCCACACCUCUCUCUGGCCCACGGCCCCCCGUCAGCCCAACAAACUGCCAUAUCUAACUACGGCCACAAGCUGCUCCCACAAUCCACCUGUGCUGGAUUUACUUUUUUUAUGUCUUGAAGUGUCUGAAUGAAGCAGUGGGUGACUGUAUUAAACAUUGUUUUUGUAAAAAAAAAAAAGAAAAAAAGAAAAGAAAAAAUGUUAAAGUGCUUUGUACACCAUUUAUUUUACAAAAAAAAGAGAAUGCAAUGUCCUGACUAAUCUUGUUUUUUUUGUAUGAAUGAAGGGUUUGAGAAGUUGGGUGCUGAGGUUCACCUGUGAUGUGAUCCUGCAUAAACUGAAAUGUUUUCUAUUAAAGCUGUAAAAUAGGGAGGAAGGGAUGAAGAAAGGAAACCCACGCUUUACGCCUGUCGAGAAAAAUACAUGCUUAAAAUGGCAUUUAGAGGUAAAAGCUUGCUGUAAAACCAUGCAUUACUACAUUGAUUAAAGAUAUUCCUGGAAAAGUG